GGCCUCAGUUUACCUCUCUGUCCAAAGACAGAUCUAGAGGCUCUGUGCCAGGGAGCAGGUGGUGAGCAGAAAGUGAAGCUGCCAGAUUUUCGGCCUCAUAGAGGCCUUUGACCCUUGUCUCCCGAAACUCCCAGAUAAGGAGAUUGUGGGGUAAUAAAUCUGCCUGGAGUUUUGGUCAGGGCUUGAUGUGGGAAAUAAAUAGGAAGAAAUUCUGUUAUGUGUCUCCAGAGAGUCAAGACUGGAAUAGCUGACAGGCACACAGCUCCGCCACCUUCAUGGGUCCCAUGCGGUGUCUGCCGCAUGCCGGCCAUACAGCCCUCAGUGGAUCAUCUUCACAGGUGGGCGGGGUGGAGUAUUACCAUUUUAUAGGUGGAAAAACAGAAAACCAAAGAGGGAUAGGAUUUGCCUAAGGGCACACAGCAAAUGAUUGUCAGAUUUAAGACUUGAGCCUGGCCAGCACACUUGCUGUUAAAGUAUCAGUCCUGGCCCCUUGGCUUCUAGUACCCAGAGGAGGGAUUUGGGAGAGGCUGGUGGCUGGAGAAGGAGGUAUAAACCAGGAGCCAGGUUGCUCUCCCCCGUGUACCUGCCUGUGGGAUCUGGUCUGUAUAUGGACAAAGCAGAAGGGAAGGACCAUUUUGGGCUGACGUUGCUAUGGAUGGUUGGAUGGAUGGAUGGAUGGAUGCCUGGAUGGAUGGAUGGAUGGGUAUGUAGGUGAAUGGAUUGAUGCAUGUAUAUAUGGGUGGAUGGAUGGAUGGAUGGACGGACGGAUAGAGAGAUGUAUGGAGGGAAGGAAGACAGAAGGAAGGAGGGAGAAACACAGGGAGAAAGAAAGGAACUCCACCAGCUGAACUACUUUGUACCAGACAUGCAUGUGCUUGGUAUUUUACAUACAUUAUCUCAUUUAAUCCUUCUCAAGAUCCCAUGAGUUAGAUAUUAUGGUAACCCUUUUACAGACUAGAAUGCUGAGGCUCAGAGACAUUUAGCAAUGAGGAUCCAGGAUUUAAACAUGGUACUUCCUCUUUUCUCCGCACUUGGCUACCUCCCUAGAUAUCCAGAUGAGCACCUCAUAGGAAGGAGAGACUGCUCAGGCUGCUGAGCCAAGAAGGCUCCGUGGAGAUGUGAUCCAUUCACCAGAUCUACCAUUUGAGCUGAGCCCAGGAAGGUGGAUGAGAGGAAGGGGCGUUCUAGGAGAUCAAUGUCAUGGCACCCCCAGUACCGGAGCUCCAAGUUCCGCCACGUCUUUGGCAAACCAGCCAGCAAGGAGAACUGCUACGACUCAGUGCCCAUCACCCACAGUGUCCAUGACAAUCACUUCUGUGCUGUGAACCCCCACUUCAUUGCAGUCGUGACUGAGUGUGCUGGUGGAGGGGCUUUCCUCGUCAUUCCUCUGCACCAGACAGGAAAGUUGGACCCUCACUUCCCCAAGGUCUGCGGACAUAGAGGAAACGUCUUAGACAUCAAGUGGAACCCUUUUGAUGAUUUCGAGAUUGCCUCCUGUUCUGAAGAUACCACGAUUAAGAUCUGGGACAUCCCAAAGCAGCUGCUGUCAAGGAACCUCACAACCUUCAGGAAGGAGCUGGUGGGCCACUCCCGCAGAGUGGGCCUGGUGGAGUGGCACCCCACAGCCGCCAACAUCCUCUUCAGCUCUGGCUAUGACUACAAGGUGAUGGUCUGGAAACUGGACACAAAGGAGUCUGUAAUCAAGAGCCCCGUGAGGACAAUUGACUGUCACCAGGACGUGAUCCUCUCCAUGUCCUUCAACAUCAACGGCAGCCUACUGGCCACCACCUGUAAAGACCGCAAGAUUCGGAUCAUCGACCCCCGAGGGGGAACCGUUCUCAAAGAAGCCAACUACAAGGGGCACCGGGCCAGCAAGGUGCUGUUUCUGGGGAACAUGAAGAAGCUGCUAUCCACAGGCACAUCUCGAUGGAACAACCGGCAGAUGGCCCUGUGGGACCAGGACAACCUCUCUGUGCCUCUCACAGAGGAAGACCUGGAUGGCUCUUCGGGAGUGCUGUUUCCCUUCUAUGAUGUGGACACCAACAUGCUCUACGUGGUGGGAAAGGGAGACGGGAACAUCCGCUACUAUGAGGUGAGCUCAGACAAGCCUCACUUGAACUACCUGACUGAAUACCGAUCCUAUCACCCACAAAAGGGGAUUGGUGUCAUGCCAAAGAGAGGUCUCGACGUGUCCUCCUGUGAGAUCUUCCGCUUCUACAAGCUGAUCACAACCAAAAGCCUCAUCGAGCCUGUAUCCAUGAUCGUGCCCCGGCGGUCGGAAUCCUACCAAGAGGACAUCUACCCCCCAACAGCAGGAGCCCAGCCCUCUAUGACGGCCCAGGAGUGGCUCAGUGGGGUGAACAGAGGGCCACACCUGGUGUCCCUCAGACCUGGCUCUGAGCUGCUGAGCCCCCAGCCACACCCUCCAGAGAGGCCCCUCUCCAACUUCUCGGCCGCAGCCUCACUCCGGGCUCCAGACUGGAUGGACAAUCUGGCUCCAGAGGGUGGCCAGAGGCCUUCCUCCCUGCUGGAGGAGAAGCCACCACACCGGGCAACAGAACACAGGCUGGAGGAGAAGAAAGCCUGGCUCACAAACGGCUUUGAUGUUUUCGAAUGUCCCCCACCAAAGACAGAGAAUGAGCUGCUGCAGAUGUUCUACCGGCAACAGGAAGAGAUCCGCAGGCUCCGGGAGCUGCUGACCCAGCGCGAGGUGCAGGCCAAACAGUUGGAACUGGAGAUCAAAAACUUGCAGACGGGCUCAGGGAGGUUCUGAGCAGGGGCCUCUGCCCUCCUCGCCCUCAGGGACACCACUUGGCUCCAUGGGGAGGUCCAGAACCAAGCCACAAGUCCCCCAAGAACAACCACUAUUUCUAUAUUUUUUACCAGAAAACGAAACUCUCAGUCGCUGAAAGAGAUUCCAGUGGGACCUGGUGCCGUUUUUCUAUUUGCCUUCUUGCAACAAGUUUCCGAAUGGACUGUUUGUUAGAUGCUACCUUGCCUUCUGUUUAAGUCCGAUUUUAAGGGUCCACGAUGAGCUAUAACUUCUGAAGGGGAAAGAGCACUGUAGAAAGUAAGAGCUGGGAGGUGAACUCCCUUGUGAUUUUUAAACUGUAAUCCACAGAGUGAGGGGGGAGGCUGAGCAGGAGGGCCAUGCUCCCCUAUACUCCUCCAACCAGACAGCUCCCCUUUUAUUUGUUCUAUUUAUCGGGCUUCUAUGGAAGACAUAAUAGUGCUACUAAAAAAAAUAAAAAAUUGGAAGUUGAAAGUCAGUGAUCGGGCCCUACUCUCCCAUUUUACAGGCAGAGAAACUGAGCUCCUGAGAAGGGCAAGUAACUCAAAGUCACCAGAAUGUUUAUGGUAGGGCUGAGCUGAGAUCUUGGUCUGUUUCUGAUCUGAGGUACAUCUCACCCUAACUGGGCGGGAACCCUUUGGUUCAGGCCUCAGCUGCACCCCAACUUGCUCAGUGACUUCUGGCAAGUCCAUCCACUUCUGGUCUCAAUUUCCCCAUCUGAUCAGGGGGAACCUUUGAAUGACCUGCCUGAGACAAGAAACUUUGGCCUUGGCCGGAGGAAAUGAAAAUGUGGGGUGAUGAUCUAGAAACUCACAAGACACUGGCAAAGGGGCAAAGUUUAGGGAAAUGAGUCAAGAUUGAGCUUGAUUCUAGAACACAGACAAGAGGGUCAAAACUAUCCUCUCUUCAACCAGAAUCAGCCAGCUGUGGGUGGAUAGUUAUCCUUUAUGUGGGGAUGCAGACAUCAAAGAGGUACCCAUGACCACUGACUGCGGCCACAAAAGCCCUUGGGGUCGGUCACAAAGCCUGCCUCCUCCCCUGCCCAGAGGCAGAUUCCAGCCCAAGCUAACAGAAAAGUCCACCCCUCCCCCACGUAAGGUGCCCCUGUACUGGAAGUAUGCAAGCACAGCCCUGUGGCCACCGCCCAGGAGGCCUCUAGAGAGGAUUGGCUGUACUAGGUGAGAAGGCAGGACUAGAUGGCCCUCAAAGUCCCCUUCUGGCCAAGGAGUUUUUGUGCCCGCCUGUGCGAAUCUGUGUUCUGAGCCCUGUUCUAAGGUUCUCCCUUUCUAAGGGCCCAGAAAGAGACUGGGGGUGACUGGAAGUUCAACACGCUUCUCCUUCCAGAGGAGAGGCAGACGAUGAGUCUUCGCCAUUGUGCAGGGGGAUUCUGGAGCAAAGGUAGGGGCUGCAAGAGGCCACCUAACCUAGUGGGUUUCAACCCAGGCUGUACUUUAGACCAGAAGCCCUGGUGGCUCAGUUGUUAAGUGCUUAGCUGCUAACCCAAAGGUCAGCGGGUCGAACUCAUCAGCUGCUCUAUGGGAAAAAGAUGUGGCAGUCUGUUCUGUAAAGAUUACAACCUUGGAAAUUCUGUGAGUCAGCCUCAUCGCCAGGACAAGGGGUUUGGUUUUUUGUUUGGUUUGUACAUUAGAAUCACCUUGAGGGCAUUCAGAAAAUACAAAGGCUCAGGCCCUACCCCAGAGCAAUUAAAUCUGAACCUCAGGAGCAAGCAUGGACCUCUGUACAUGUUUAUAAGCUCCCCGGGUGAUUCUGCAAUGCAGUGAGGAUGGAGACCCACUGGACUAGUCCAUCUGUACCCCUUUGCAGUGAAGAUGAGGACAAUAAGCCCCAAAUAGGAGCUGGGACUUCAAGGUCUUCGGAGAGCUGGGACUCAAACCCAUAUCCUCUAAGUCCUGGCUGGAAGUUCCUAAAAUGUCAAAAAGUGUGGCCCCCAGCCCUGCCCCAGGUCUCUCCAGGACCCCAGUGCAGCAUGAUGGGGGCUCUGUGUUCCUGUGUGCCCCUCCCUAACCAUGGCCGAUUCCCCCUGUCUGUCUGCAUCUACCAGACGCCCAUGUUCCUCUUCCUUUUCUUGUCUUCCGUUCACUCGGUCACUGGGGCUCGCUCCAGUCUGAGGCCCCAGCCAAGCUUGCCUUAUUGUGCUCUGGAGAAAAAGGCCAAAUUCCAGGCAUGUCAGGGAAGCAGAGCUCCACUGGAGGAGGUUACCUCUCCCACCUCAUUUGUGGCUAGCAGUUUACAGUUUACAAAGCCCUCCCACCUCCGCUCACUGAUGCAUCCUACCCUCAUGCAGGUCAGGCAGGUGUUGCUCUCCUUAUCCUCACGUCCAGAGGGUAGGAAGACCUAGCCUCAGAGCAGUGAGGAAAAAUCAUAGCCAGGGUCACUGGCUGCAGAGUGGUGGAGGUGGGGGCUGAGUCCAGAGAGCUUCUCAGCAUGCCUCCUCUGCACCAUCCCUUCUCAAGCCCCCCACUCCUAGGGGUCCCAGAUCUCAUGCUUAAAAACAGUACGCAGGAGUCUUUAAAUGAACUUGUUUUCUUUUUUUACAUCUAGAAUAAAUUAUUUAAAUUAUUUCUCAGCAAGGGAGAGGGAUAGGUAAUUUUUAUCACAUAUUUUUUUAAGCCUUUUUUUUUUUUUUUUAAUUAAGUUUUUGUGUAUAUUCUUGAUCUGCUGAAGCGGAACUUGCCCAGAGCCAGUAGGGCCCAGCCAGUCAGCAGAGGGUUCACUCAGCCCCUCUACUUGCUACCCUGGGCGCCACCUGAGUGUAAACUCAGGAACUUCCUGAGAAUGAGGGCAGAAUUUGAAAAUGAGCUUUGUGGUAGUGGUGGCUACGCAUCCACCUUAGCUCUAAAAUAAUUGUUCUUUCUGGAACAGGGUCUGAGAUUAUAUCAUAGGGCAAAACAGGGAGUCAGAAGUCGAUUUAUGCUUUUAAUAUGAAACCGUGCCUGAAACAGUUUGAAUGAUUGCUUUAUCAUUGUUUCUGAAGUUACUUUUACCUUUGUAAAAAGAAAUAAUAACAAAAGUGAAAAUAAAUGUUGUGGAAUUGUGCAAUGGAAAGACUGUAAUAAAUAAAAUCUGGCUAGACAUUUUAUCACA